AUGACUUCGUCCAGCGCAGUUGCUGCCAGGGAGAGGCCAUCCGACGCCUCCUCUGCCGCUGCCGCUGCUCCUACCAUGGAUCAUCAUAGUACUCAAGAAUCUGCAUCGGCACCUGCAUCGGCACCUGCAUCGUCAUCAAUACCCGAAACCCCUCCUGUUGCCGCCAUCGUGGCAACCUCGAGUGACAAUAACAACAAGACCGCGUCUGACGGCACCACGAAACAGAUCAUCGCUGCGCCUUCAUCUGAGCAGAACGACGACGAAAAAGUCUGCGCAAAGCCCGAAGACGCUGGAGGUGUAGCCGACGCCUCUGCUCCGCUCGCGUUCCCGCCCGCCGCCGCAGAAACGUCAACAUCAGCACCUCCCCCAGCAUCCACGCCCACUAGCCUGCAGUCACCGGCUCAGGUCAAGAAGGAGGGUAGCCAGCCGCCCUCUGCUGGCAACAUGAAUUCUUCUGCGGCUAACUUCGGGGCCGUCAGCCUCGACUAUCUCGCCGCCUUUGCCCAGACAUGGCGCAACCAACCAGCAAACUACAUGUCUUUGAUGACACCCGAUCCGAAAAAUCACCACCGCCCAUCCACCGUUACCCCGUCUCAGAUGCAUGUCGACUCAGCGCCGCCCCCAUCUCUUAUGACCAACAACGCUACCCUGCCGCCAGGCAACGCCCUGGUUCGCCAGCGCAAGAGGUUCGAGUCGUUUGCGCGCAUUAAGUUUGCCGACGGAGAUUUCCAGAUGAACACGUACAGCGUCAUCAUCGGACGAGACCGCGCCGCCAUCCGACAGGCUCAGCGCGACGAGAAGCGCGCCGAGCUGCACCGCCUCAAGACCGAGGAGAACAUGCGCCUGGGUCUCCCGCCACCCGCCCCUCUCAGCCAGGAGCAUAAAUUUAGCAAGUCGUACAUUAGCGAGGAGGGAGGCAUGCUGGGACCCGAGUCGAGCGGUGGUGAGGAUGAGGAUGGCCCUCCCACCAAACGUCAAAAGACCAACUCAGCCGAGUCAUCUGCAGCCCCCGAAAAGCAGGACCAGGGCCAGGCAGGCGAGCGAGCACGCCAGUACGUCUCUCACACUCCCGGCGCCGCCGCCGUCGACUGGGAGUCGCUGAGGCCCUCUCCCGACCACGUUGCCUUCAUCGGCAUCCACUCGCCCGGUCCUGAUAUCGUCAACAAGUCCAAGGGAAUAUCGCGCAAUCAUCUCCAGAUCACGUACAACAAGUCGUCGGGUGUCUUCGAGGCAAUACCGCUGCACCAUAACGGUUUCUUCCACCAAGAUGUCCAUCGCGGCAUCGGCUCUGUUGUCACCCUGCGCAGUGGUGACAGGCUCCAGAUAAAGGACAUCGAUUUUAGCUUCUACAUCAACGGCGUCGAGCUUGGCUGCACAGGUGCCGAAGAAGUCUCCAAGGAGAAGAGGAUCGGCGGUGGAAAUGGGAUGAGCUUCGACUUUGAGCCCCGCAGCAAUGGCCUGGCUCAGGACACAAGCGAGGAGGGUGAAGACGGUGAGGAAGACGAUGACGACGACGAUGAGCUCUCGGAUGUUGAGGAGCCCGACAUUGACAUCUCCAUGUUGAGUGCCGUAUCUCCUCCCAUUGCAGGGGCUGCCGGCAAAGAUCCUGAAGAUAGGAGUAUGGAAGAUGUCGCCGAUGCCGAGAUGUCCAUGGCGUCCGCCGACGGAACCACACGGACAUCUCUCCCACUCAGCAGUCACCAUGCCGUGGUCGAGGACGGGAACCUGUCCAUGGCCGACGUACCUAGGAAGAGGGGACCCGGGCGGCCACCUAAGAAUGGCAUCAUGUCCAAGAGACAGCAGAGGGAGCUGAAGAAAGCUGAACAGGAGAUUGCCAGGCAGCAGGCGGCAGCACAGAUACCCCCAGUGGAGCCACCGGCCAAGAGAAAAGUUGGGCGCCCACGAAAGCACCCGUUACCUGAGGGUGGCAGCAGCGGCAGUGGCGGCGGCGGUGGCGGCGGCGGUGGCGGCGGCGGCGAUUCGCUGGGCGAAAAGCGCAAGUACAAGCCACGCAAGCCCAAGGGCGAGGAGGACGGCGAAGGCGGUACCGUUAUAUCGGACCCUGAGCGCCCAGUCAAGGAGAAGAAGGGCAAAGUUGUUCGGCCCAAGUCGCCAGCCCUCGAUCUACGCAGGGAGGACUACACGGAGCAGCAGUUGCAGAAGCCCAACAAGAACUACGGGGUGCUCAUCGACGAGACGCUUUCGGUGGCGCCCGAAGGGCUCACGCUCAAGCAAAUCUACAAACGCAUAUCCCAAAGGUACCCGUGGUUCUACUUCCACACCGAGACUAAAGGCUGGGAGAGCAGUGUGCGUCAUAACCUUAUCGGGAACGAGGCCUUCAAGAAGGAGGAGGUGACCAAUUUAUGGAAGCGCGUUCCGGGAGUCGAGCUCGACGCCGGCAAGAGGCGCAAGGCAACCUCUCCCGACCACAAUCUCGUCGCUGCCCAGACCUACGGUGCGCAUCACCACCAGCAUCCCCACCACCAACAUCACCUUGGCUUCACCUACGCUCAACAGCAGAUGGCCCACGCCGGCAUCCCUCCCCACCAGGCAUAUCAGCCUGGAGCACCCCACCAGCAGAUACCCCAGGGCUUCCAAAUGCCCAACUACAACAACAAUCUCCAGCAGCAGCAGCAGCAGCAGCAGCAGCAGAAACAACAUCCCCUACCUCACCAACAACCACCGCCGCAGAAAUUUCCUCCUCCAUCCGUCUCUCCCCCUCACGCUGUCGGUCCCACGCCACAGCAGCAGCAGCCGCCGCGACCACAGCAUCCCGCCUCCUUCACCAAUCCUCAACUCCCUGCACCUGCAAGGCCAAACACCACGCCGUCAUACAACUCACCUUUCCCCCAGCAGCAGCGACCGCAGCAGACCGUACGGGCGAGUCCCGCAAUCAAGUCGGAAGACGCCAACGCAGUCCGCCAAUCCCCCCAGCAAGCUGCCGCACCGCCGCCACAACCCCUGGCGACGGGCUCAUCCGCAUCUCCUGCACCGCGUCCUGCUGCUCCACCUGCUGCCCCCCCACAGGCACAAACGCCCGCGCCACCCGCAGUAGCGGCCUCAUUACCACCGGCCAAACCCACCCCGCCCCUCAUCGAGCCCUUCCUCCUCUCGCGCCUCAACAACCUCCGCGUAUCUCUAGCCGACGGCCUCAAGCGCGCCAACACCCCCCACGCCCACGAUAUAGUGUGGUCGGCCAUGGACCGCGUGGUGGGCAUAAAGAAGGAUCCGUCGGGCCUCAACAACAACCUGGAAGACACGUGCUACGGUGGCAUGAACAACCUCAUCCAGCGCACCGUGUCGCAGAUCCGACGCACCCCGACGCCGGACACGACCUCUACCAAUGGCGGCUCCGCAGCAUCCGCCUCAGCUGCGCAGAAGCCCCUCCUCCUCCGCUCGGAAGUGAGCCGCCACCUGCAGGGUCUGCGGAACCAGUGCGUGGACGCGAUAAAGCAGAAGCUUCCCGAGAACGACGCCGUGGCCCUUGUUCACUCAGCCAUCAUGCGCACCCUCGGCCUGGCCACCGAGUCUCGCCUUGCCAGCCGGUCUGCCACCUUUGAUAGCCUCGAGAGGGCCAUCAUGCGCAACGUCGGACAGGUCAUCACCCAGAUGGCCCAGCAGCAGCACAAUCAGAGUCGGAGGGAGUCGGUACCUGCUCAGUAG